AUGGCUGCAGUCGAAGACGUGAAGAUUGAAGCUGAGGUCUUAACAUCCGCUCUGGAGUCCUCAAUCAAGGGAGAUGGCAUUGCAAAACCUAGGGCCGAGAGCAACUUGGAUAGCGAGGAGAAGUUUGAAAUCAAGUCAGAAGACAGCGUAACGAGCGACAAUGACAAGGAAAAGAUGCUAGCAGGCAUGCGACAAUUCGAAUUCUACUUCGCUGACUCGAAUCUUCCGUUUAUGUGGACACUACACACCGCCAACCCCGAGCACUGGGUUCCUAUUGCUACUGUCUCGUCCUUCAAGCGCAUGCGCGAGUACCAGUCGCUCGGCCCAGAAUGGAUCACGAACGCGCUUCGCAUGAGCGAGGAUCUCGAAAUAAAUGCCGAGGGCACUCAUGUGCGCCGACGGACGGAGGUGAAGGAGCCAAAAGGGCAGUUUGAACGGAGCAUAUAUGCGAAAGGAUUCGGCGACGAGGUUGAUGGGCUGCAGAAGGAGCUAGAAGUCUUCUUCGGAAACUACGGCAAGACGAAUGCCGUGCGCAUGCGGAGGAUAGACGGCACGAAGGAGUUCAAGGGCUCUGUGUUCGUCGAAUUCGCUGACUACAAGUCCGUAGAGGCGUUUCUCAGUGCGGAUCCAAAGCCUUCAUGGAAAGGCGAGGAGCUUCUCGUCAUGACAAAGUACGUUUCUCCUCUCCCUCACGCCCACUCCCCUUACACGAGUUGUAGGGAGGCUUACUGUGACAUGAAAAUCAAAGAAAAGGGCCUUACUGGCAGGGCUGCCGUCAUCCGAAAGCAGACUCUCUCCGGCCCCGGGCGCAAGGGGUUCAAUGCGUUCAGGGAGAUGGACAAGAGCGGUAACAGGGGCAAAGACAAGACCAAGGGCAAGGAGGGAGCGGACAAGGGCAAGCCCGACGUCUUCAUCGAGUUCAUGGGAAGCAAAGUACGCGUGCACGAAGAUGAGGACGGGGGGAGCGUAAAGGAGGAGGAUGUCCCCACCGUAAGGGGUGCGACGCUGAGGUUCGAGGGCAGCUGCGAGGACGUCAGCUUCGACGAGAUCAAGGGCACGCUCAAGGAGCGCUUCGCGCGCGUUCCGUACGUCAAGUACACUCGCGGUGAGCCGUCGGGGCUCUUGGGAUUCGACAAGACCCUAGCAGAAGACGAGAUUGCAUAUGUCAAGGAGCACCUCAAGACGCUUAGCGGAAAGGAAGUUGCGUGGAGUGUUCCAGAUGGUAAGCACGCUGCCAGAUGA